UCUCACCAUCUGGGAGGCUGGCUAGCCUGACAGCAAACAAGCUCAGCGACUUCUUACUGAUUGUCGCAAAGGAAUUAUUGUUGGAUUGGGCAUUACAGCGGGCAAAGGCAAGCGCAGAAAGCGCAAGAAAACGUCACAAGCUAUUUUUUUCCUUGUGGAAGUUGAUAAGCUUUUGCAGAAUGACACUAUUUCGCCGUUGUCGGUUUGAGGGCUACACAAGGGCACUUUUUGGCUGGACCGAAGCGCAGUGAAUUCCAUGACCUGCAUGGUGUCCCGUAUCCUCCACAAGCUAUUCAGGAAGACUCUAUGAGAACAAAAAUGUUUGCCAAGCUAAAGAAAAAGAUUGCAGAAGAGGCAGCCACAGUGCCACGGACCGGUGUUCGAAUCCCCCGCACCAUCAGCAAAGAAUCCAUCACCUCAGUUGAGGCCGACUCGGGAGAUGACUUUGCAUCUGAUGGGAGUAGCUCCAGGGAUGACCUGCCCGCACAACUCCUCAGGAGGAAUGCUCAAGUUCGUAAGCUGGAGGCCAAGCUAUCAGACUACGCUGAGCAGCUACGAGUAAUGCAGAAGACCAAGGAGAAGCUUGAAAUUGCAUUAGAAAAGCACCAGGAUUGUUCUUGAAAGCCCAGACUGCUUAUACUGAUGUCCAGUCAGAGUCGAUCAUCGUAAUCUGUAAAUAGUGGAACCUUGCUUAGCGUCAUUAAUUUGCUCCACAAGCUUCCAUCAAAAAACUUCAAGAGCAGAAUGAGUUCCAUCAGGCCGAUAGAGCCAAAAUGGCGGAAGGGAUGACGCUGGCUCUGGACAAGAAGGACCAGGAAUGGAUGGAGAAGAUGGUGGUUAUGGAAAAGGAGAAGUCCGCCUUAUCAGAAAGACUGAAUGAGAUGAUGGAGCAAAGCUUGGCACUUUUCCAGAAGAGGGAUGAUAUCGAUGAACUUGAAGGCUUUCAGCAACAGGAACUCGCUAAAGUCAAACACAUGCUGCUGAGAAAGGAAGAACAACUGGGCCAGCAUAAGCGGGACCUCCAACAGAAGGCGGCUGAGCUUCAUUCGACCAAGCAAAGGCUUUCUGAAAGUCAGGAGAAACUACGAGCUUUACAAACUCAGCACGACGAGAGCUCCAGUCUGAACACCGAGCUGGAAAUAGAACGGGAGGAGCUGCUGCUGCUCAGAGAAGAGGCAGAAAAGACAGCUAGUGAGCUGGAGGGGGAAAACCAGAAGUUCCGGUCGGCCAUCCAGCAGGUAUCAGAAGACCUGCACGAGUCACAGAGUAUGGUGUCCUCCUUAGAGAGCUCCCUUCAUGAUCUCCAGACUGAAAAUGAUGCCCUGAAACUGCAACAAAAAAAGUCUGCUGUUACUGAGGAGGACAAGGAGCGCUUGUUACGGGACCUUCAGAAGAAAGUGAGCUCCCUGGAAAGAAGGCUACAAGGGAACAUGACCCCUGAUGAACAUCUUCAGGAGCUUCUCCAGGAGAAGUCCAGUCUUGAACAGAGACUGGAGGAGGCCAGAAAAGAGCUCCUUGACCUUCGGACAAAGCAUGCUGAUACUGUCAGCUCCUUGCAGGCGCAGAUAUCCAGAACCACAUGCAGCAUUACCGAGCUGCAGACACUUCUACGACAUAAAGAUGAAUCGUCCAGGUGCUACCGAGAGAGAACUGACACACAAAUAGCAAACCUGGAGCAGCAACUCCACGAAAGUUGGGACGGACUGAAGAGUGCAGAGCAGCAGACAGUAGAGAAAGAACAGCUCGUAGAAAAACAGCGAGUAGAAUGGAGUACAGAGAAGGCCUUUUUGGAUCAGCAGUUGUGUUUGGUGCAGCAGCAGAGUCAGGCGAAGAUCAAGCAGCUGGAGGAGAGUCUAAUUGCCCUCGAGACGGACAAACAUGCCAUGCAAGACACAAUGGCCGACCUGGAAAGGCAAAGGGAUCAGGCAAAUGUCGCUCUGACGCAGCAGAUGCAAGAACUGGAUGAGUGCAAGGCGGAAUUAGACGGCCAGCAGACCAUUAGCACUGAAAUAGCAAAAGCUCUAGAAGAAAGCAGGCGACACAGAGAGGAGCUCCAAACACAGGUCGGGGAGCUGAACAAAUGUCUACAGAGCUCCCAAAGAGAAUUGUCUAUGCUCGGUGAGACGCUGCUGGUGAGAGAGAAGGACAUCCAAACACUCCAUGAUGAGGUACAAAGUGGGAAGAUGGCCCAUGUCCAGCUGCAAGAGGAAUUUGAACAGCAGCGGGUCCAAGGAGGGCAGAUGGAGCUGGACAAAGACUCCCAGCUCACGGUCUUGAGGGGGGAGCUUCUCAGCCAGACCCAACAGCUUGACCACUGUCAGGCUCGGAUCUCAUACUUGGAGGUGGAGGUGGAAACUCUGACGGAGCAGCUUCACAGCCCUGCUGUGUGCGAGGAGGAUCACAACGGCAGCAUGACAGUGGAUGACCUUGACAACAUACACAAGGUCAACCGAGAGCUGGAGCAGCAACUCAGUGACAAGACCAGGACCAUCAGACAGUUGCAGCAGCGAAUGGCGGAAUUGAAGAGGACGUUACAGAAAGAACUGAAGCUGAAGCCUGACCCAGAAGAAGAGGCAAAGGAGAAGAUGCCAGAAAGCCGAGUCGAAAAGGAAGAAAGGCUCUGUUCUGAGCCCCCACCAGCAUCCAGACCGAGCCCGUCCACUUCCAACACCACAGUGACCAACACCUCGGACCUUAACGACUCACGAGAAAUCAACUUUGAAUACCUGAAGCAUGUUGUCCUCAAGUUUAUGUCAUCAAGAGACGCCGAGGCAUACCAGCUAAUACGAGCUGUGUCUGUGCUGCUCAACUUCACUCGUGAGGAAGAGGACAUGUUGAAGCAAACCCUGGAGUAUAAAAUGUCCUGGUUUGGAUCCAAGCCUUCUCCAAAGGGUAUCAUCCGACCUUCUGUCUCAGGCGCUUCGAGCCCCUGGAGCUGAUGGCCCACAGGAAGGGCGGAAGGAAGGCAGGCAUAGAAAUAGGACCUACAGCACCUUCAGGAGGAAAUGAGUGCAGUGGUCGGUGCUGACACCCAAAUUCUGCUUUUGUCGGACAAGGACUUUUUAAAUCUGUUUUAGGAGACAGGCUGCGUGAAUUCUUUGAGGGAUUGAAGUCUGAGUGUAAGCAGUUGUUGCCGUAAAAUGACCUCCUUCAACACACAUUUACACUGGAAAAUUGGCACCACACAUUCUUCACUUGUCUUUUAUAUGUUCAUAAGUUCGUACCAUUCCUAGGUUAGUAUUUCAUUUGUACAUUGGUUCAUUUGCCUUUUUCAUUUCAUGUCAAAGGACUAAAACAUUUGCUAUGUUGCAACUUGGUUCGUAUUUGGUAUUUAUAUGUGAUCCACAAGUCCAGGACGACACGCUAAAGUCAUGACAGGACAUUAUGGCUGUCACGUAUUUGAAACAACAAGCGUUUUAUAACCCUUUCCAAUACUUGUUUGAAACUGAGAAUGAAACACCAAAUUUGAAUCUGUUCACUGGGCUUCUCCAAAAACUUUUAUUUUAAAUGUUAAACCAACCACUAAAACACAUUCUUCUGUUAGCCAACACAUUUUCAUCAAGAUGCUAUUUUUCUGGGGGAUUUUUGUAAAACGCAUUGGAAUAUUCACGGAACAUUUUAGCAUUAAAAAUAACAUUUUGAAUACUGGUGUAUUAACUGGAACGGAAACAAACACAAAUAUUUUGGCAGCUACCAAUGCUGUUAAUGUUUUAUGUAUAUAUACUGUAUAUACAUGUAUACAGUAUAUAUAUAUACUGUGUAUACACACACUGCAUAUAUAUAUAUAUAUAUAUAUAUGUGUGUAUGUAUUUGUGUAUGUAUAAUGUAUAUAUAAAAUACCUAAGGAAAAUAUAUAUAUAUAUAUGUAUAUACUGUAUGCUGUGAGAGUACGUGUGUGUGUAUGCUUUUUGAACUUUAUCAUAGGGAGGGAUGUGGCGUAUAAUAGGGAAGUGUAUAACAGGGAUGUGUAACUGGCUUGAUGAUCAGUUUAGUAUUUGGCAUCAUCUGCAACCUUCACGCUGCUUUUGACUCAUUUCAUCAUGUACUCAUGUUCAUCCCUCCGUGUCAGUAAAAGCAUCUUCUACGCUGCUUUUGACUUAUUUCAUCAUGUACUCAUGUUCAUCCCUCCGUGUCAGUAAAAGCAUCUUCUAGUUGUUGGGGUUUUUUAUGACAGCUUUUUACUGCUGUGAAAAUGUGUUAUUGUAUCCCAGUCAUUCCCAAUAACCAUCCUGUGUGAAGGCCUUUGUUUCCCUUAUUCCAGGAUUAUGCAUACUGUUAAAACACAUGAAUGCCGACAGGAGGUAUUUUUGCACAAUAUGAAGGUGAAUAUUAAGUCAGAGGAAAUGCGUGGUUCAUGCAAAGUAAUGUCUCUGUGAGAAUUAAGGAAUUUUGAAUGCACUUUUUUUACCUGUGAACCUGGCAACACAACUGUACUUUCACUACAGCUCUCCUGAUUUUUUUUGUCAUGAAGUGACAAAAAGGCUUGAUACUCCUGCCUUAUUAAUAAAAAGUGAAUGAUAAAAACAUGCCAUGCCU